UUCGCCGCUUUCGUUAUAUUUGGCGCGUGCCAUGUGCCAGCCACGUGGCGUCGCCGUCCCGGGUACAGCCGGGAGGAGGCAUGCACGUAACUCAAUAGGAGCGGGCGAAAGUGCACGAUACAGAUUAAGAAAUAGCAAAAAUAGAGCUGCUAUCCGUAGAAUCGGCGUAGCGCGAUGCGUGUCCCAGUCGGCCGUUCUCGCCCGAGAUCACUGGUGUCUCGAGCGCUAAAAUUAGCGACCGUUCGCGCGCGGCGCACGGGCAGGAUGCCUCUCCAAGGAUGUGGCGCUCUUCGAACGUUGGACCCGAUCGCGCCGGGCUUCGCAUCCCCGGCGUCCUGAACGCCUCCGUGAGUGGCCUCGACGAGGCGUCGUUCCUGAACAAGAAGCUGAAUAUCAAUGGAAAGAGGGUGAACUUGGCGAUAUGGGACACCGCCGGGCAGGAGAAGUUUCACGCCUUAGGACCAAUUUACUACAGAAUGUCCAAUGGUGCCAUUCUCGUUUAUGACAUCACGGACGAGGAUACCUUCCAAAAGGUGAAGAACUGGGUGAAGGAGCUUAAGAAGAUGUUAGGUAGUGAAAUUUGCCUGGCGAUAGCGGGCAAUAAAGUGGACCUGGAGAAGGACAGAAACGUUGCCAUAGAGGAAGCGGAAGAGUACGCCAAGCAAGUGGGCGCUAUGCAUUUCCACACCUCGGCCAAGUUGAACCAGAAUAUCGAGGAGAUGUUUCUGGACCUGACGCAGCGCAUGAUGCAACGCGCGGACGAGGCCGAGCAAAAGUCCACGCUCACGAGGACCAACAGCACGCGUCGCAACGUCGUGAUGGUCGAGGACGAGGUAGAACAGACUCAGCCGAGUAGAAGUUCCUGCUGCGGCGGCGGUGGCGGCGGCGGCGGCGGCGGCGGCGGCGGCAGCGGCGAUAACGGCGGCUUUUCGUAGACCGUUAAGAUCAAUUUACAUUCGGUUCCAGAUGCAAGGUCUAAUUUCGAUAAUCCACGAACUAUGUACGGGAUGGUGUGUCCCAAAUGUGACAAAUUUGCAAAUACUAAUUUGUUACGUUACAAAUGCUUUAUCUUGUAUGUGUUUGUAGACGAGUGCGUUACGUAUGAAUGUGCACGUGUAUGCCUAUAUAUAUAUAUGUAUGUAUAUUUUUAGCUGCGACAAUUCUUGGAUUAGCAAAGAUACGUUAAUUUCUAUACUUGUAUAUUGAUGACGUAAGCCAUUGUGACUUCGUGCCGGACAGACAAAAGUUUUCGAGGCAGAUUUCGCACACGCCACUUCAUUGAGGGGAAGUAAAUUGUUAAUAUUUUCGAUAAUGACUUUUUAGAUGUGCAGACACACACACACACACACACACACAUCGUAUAGCUACGGCCUUUCAUUCGCGAAUAUUGUCAGACGGGGCCUUUUUCCUGGCGGGUUCGCGCUCGAGUAUCUUGGUCAACUUUAGACCAAAAAGAGAUGGUCCAGUGAGUCCUAUUAGUUUUCGAAGUUUAGCUUAGAUUAACUACGAAGCGAUACGUAAUGUCAUCAUUUCUUUCAAUGGAUCUUUAUACUUGUGCAUUUGGAUCGUGAACAUUCCAGGUAGUUUCUUUUCUCAACUAUGGCGCGAAUGGAAUGCUGUUCAGUUGCUUAAUUGCUAUCGGAACGGAGACAAAAUAAUUUGGUGAUCUACAUUGUUGUCUCGAGUGCCUCACUUUCAGUGUAGUCGCAAAAAUUUUAUAAGAGCAAGAGAGCAACAGUCUCGUCCUAAAUAAUCGGUUUCACUCUCCUGUUGUUACGUUCAAAUUUUCGAUACGCCUACAUCCGCGCAAUCCAAAAAUUGCUGCAAGCUGAUUAAGGGUUUAGCGAAUUGUUGGACGGUCUUGUCGCGAAACGAGGGCAUUUUUCAAGGAAGAGCAGAGAACAGCCUGCGGCUUUUACCCAAAACAAUUCAGAUUAAUGUACAUAUUAAGUGCCGAUGAAUUUAUUGUACAAUAUAUUGAUUUAGAUCGUAUUUAAGUAACACGCAAUAUGUUUAUUCAUCUGAAAUUGAUAUAAAUUAGUGAUACAAGAGUGUUGUUUAAAUUAUUGUUACUGUAAGUUAUUUUAUGAACAUAAAAUGGUAACUUGUAA